GCGCUAUUCGCGCCACAGUCGUCAGUACACGACACUCUCCACUCCUGACUGGUUCGACUCUGUCUCACCCUCCUUUCCCCUCUUUCUCUCGCCCCUCUGCCCCCUUGGGUUUUCGCCUGACGACGCUGCUCUCUCGGGCAUUUCGCCGGAAACCGACGCCGCGCGAGGACACGGAGUUUCGUUACGUGUACACAACAGCCUGUCUUUUUUCCACCGUUUAUAAGCAGUCACGCAGGCAUCUUGCCCAACGCAUCAGUCCACCAUGAGCAGCAAGGAAAACAACGAGGUCGCCGUUGAGAAGGUGACUGAGAACGACAAGGCUUCCGGGGACGCGAAGUGUGAGAUCAAAGGCAUGAAGAGGCCAGCUGAGGAAAAGAACGACGAAACAAAAAAACAGAAAAAGGAAGAGAACGGUGACGGAGAAGUUGAAGAAGAGGAGAUAGAAGAGGAGGUCGAAGAGGAGGAAGAAGUCGAUGGUGACGGCGAAGAAGAUGAUGAAGAUGACGACAUACCAGAAGGCGAAGAAGAUUUGGAAGAAGGUGAAGAUGAAGAGGAGGACGAGGGCGAGGGUGAAGUAGAAGAAGUAGAAGAUGAGGAGGAAGACGCAUAAUGAAAAAAGGUGAAGGUGUAUGUAAGUAAGAAGGGAGGUAGGCAUACGGCACCGUCGUCGAUCUUCUUCGGCAGUCUUCUCAGCAAACACUUACUCUCAUAUUGAGUGGUUGGUAGCAAUGUUGAAAUACCCAUCGUGCCCAGAGCCUCCCGACCUACGAGAUAAAAAUUACCACCUCACCGGAGUUGUGGCGGGCUGACACAAAUUAGAGAGACGCAGUCCCGAUCCUACUGUCUUGGCUCUUCGCAAUUCUGGUAGUCUAGCCAUCACCAAAUGCUAAAUUAGGUAGUUUGAAUGAGAACCGUGGAUUCGUCGCGCGGAGUCGUGAAAUAAUCCCCCCGUACGCGUCGAUUCCCUUUAAUAUCUAAGUCUUUCGUGCGCAGUCGUACGUUCGCGUUAACACGGACGCCGCAGGUACGGCACGGACUCCCAAGGCGAAUUUAUCGUCUCAUCCAAACUGCCUACUAACUGGUAUUUGCCGUCAUCUGGCUUUCUUCGCGGGACAGUUUUGUAAUGGAAACUUAUUUAAGAUAUAAAAAGCUCUAUUGUAUUUAAAUAGUGUAAAAUGAACAUUUGCGGGUGAUGAUUUUUUUACAUUUGAAAACAAAUUUGCGUUUGUAGUUCGGCAGAAUGUCUCUCACCUUGUGCGCGUGAUUGAUUUUCCUUUUCGACAUUCAACCGUGUAUUUGCAAUGACGUUGCAGGAGCGGGGGCGGUUCGACGAUAUAUACGAUGAAUAAAAUGAUUCAAGUGGCGUAAAAGAACAAAAAUAGCAAAUAAAUAAAUAAAUAUAUAAAGGGCAUCUCUCGGCAUUCGACGUAUAAAAUAAAAUUGAGAUAAAAAGUCUCGCUCCGCGCUCCUGAUCGAUCCGGGAACCGGAAUUAAGGUUGAUACAACGCUCGCGCCAGGCAGUGUGGAUGAGUAAUGUGUGACUUUAACAUUGCAUAAUAAUUAUACAUAGCAUGUAUAAAGUUUAUGGAGUAAGAAACAUUUUAUUAUUAACGAUAAUAUUAUGUAAACGUAAUGUAACGUGGAGAGGUUGUUACAAUUUAGGGUUGGAGUAUACAGAGUAGGGAGAGUAUUUUUUAUUUUACGAAACGCAAUUUAUUUUGCAGAGCAACAUUUUUAUUUCUUUCAAACUACUAUUCCAUUUGUUCAGUGUUCGAGUUCUUAGUUUUUUAGUUUUAUUUAAAACGACUUUAAAACUGUAGCCACGUAGCGCAUUUCAAAAGGAUAUCGUCGAAGGGGAAACGGUGCGAUUUGCAAAAAGUUACCGAUAGUCAUUGCAGCGAAGCUAACGGGUACAACUCUCCCUAUUCGAUCGCACUCGUUCGACCAUGAUUCAUUUCUAUCUUACGUACUAUGGUUUUACUUUUCUCCUCAUUGUCACGAACCGCUCGAGCAAUGAUUCGCCGACUGUCGCAGAGCGAGGGGCAGUAACGUUCUUCCGUUGUGUGUACCAUGUAUUCCCGUGCGCUCGAUUUAACCUUACUCAUAACGUACCCAUAACAUAUUCAUUAUGUUACAGUCUUGACGAAUUACGAUUACGUUUACCUGAUUUCUGAUUAUUACCAAAUGGAUGAAUGAUACUUGUGCUCUUGUGCCAGAGUCGGUGGAUCCUUGUUACGUGAAUAGUCCAUAGUCGUCGCUUGUUUCGGGAGACUGGUAGACAAGACAAGAAAGGGUGAAGAGACAUUGCGGUUAAGAUACCAUUGUACCAUAGCUGCAUAAUAAAUAAAGGUAACGAUAAUUUGAAUGCGAGACGAUGUCCCACGUUUUAAUGUACAAAUAUUUUCGAAUGAGAUAGUUAAAUAAAACGCAGUUAGACCAGAGAAACUGAUUCGUUCUCGUAAGUAGUAAUGGGUUUGACCAUCCGGAGACAAAUUACAGUAAUGGCAGUAUUUCAAGAAGAAAAGAUAAAGGAAACUGCUGUUUGUCGACUGAAUCCUGUUGCACCGAAUUCAAGGAGACGGAGUGGACUGCGUGCGCGAUUAUACGUCAAGAAUUAAAGCCUGAUCUGUUCGGUGUUGAGCUAUGAAACGUAGUAGAAGACAAAAUUCCAGUCAGAUUAUCGUGGAACGAUGAAUGGAUACGAUUUAUUGGAUCGUUCGCAGGCCAUGCCAUCUCUGAAGAAGAAAGAAAAAAAAGUGAAACUCUGUUACUCUACGGUUUUAUACACAAUCUGUGCUGCUGUAUUUACACGUGUUCACUUCAAGAUAGUAUUUUGACGAUCACGUUGACAAAGAACUAUCUUUAAGUACAGGUGCCUGAGCAAAAAAAUGAGUACUUUAGCGUUCAUAGUAUACAAUACUAUACACUAUAAGCAUAGGUCCGUUUAAUUUUAUUGAUAUACAAAAUAUCGAGCCCCGUUUGCAGCGUGUCCAAAUAAUAAGAUUCACGGAUUGGACUUGCGUCCUGUACUGUCACGAGCCCAGGGAUCGCGGUACUCUUCUCUGCUCCCGGUACUCGACGCGACUCCGACUAUUAUUCACUGGUGCUAACGGGUCUUAAAACAAUCAGGCUGAUCGCCCAGAUACCGUUACAUCCCUACGUUUGUUAGGUAAGCACUGAAAAGAAGAUAAAUAAAAAAGGAAUUUAAGAAUCCUAACGAGUCUGGUAAUUGAAACGUGUCACGAUUUAAACGUAAACGAAGAAAAAAAGAAAAAAAAGAAACCUUAGGCUAAGAAUUUGGUUUGUGUUCAUAAAUCUUGUUCAAACUACUUUUGUACAGGAUACCAUCGCAUCAUCACUUUCGACGUUUAAAGAAAAGAAAGAAAACGAAUAACAAUAACUGAUGCCACAGACUAUAUUUCUGCCCAUUCCAUCAGAAUUGAACUUUCAUUGUAUUUUUAAGUAAAUACAUUUUGGAAAACAA